UAUGACCGCUAUGUUGCCAUCUGCAAACCCCUGCACUACGGGACCCUCCUGAGUUUCACAACUUGUCUCAGAAUGGCAGCAGCUGCCUGGGCCAGUGCAUUUCUCAAUGCACUCCUGCACACGGCCCAUACAUUUUCAGUGUCCCUCUGCCAUGGCAAUGCCCUGGACCAGUUCUUCUGUGAAAUCCCCCAGAUCCUCAAGCUCUCCUGCUCAGAUGCCUACCUCAGGGAAGCUGGGCUUAUCAUGUUCAGUGCUUUUGUAUUUUGGUGUUGUUUUGUUUUCAUUGUGGUGUCCUAUGUGCAGAUCUUCAGGGCCGUGCUGAGGAUCCCAUCUGAGCAGGGACGGCACAAAGCCUUUUCCACGUGCCUCCCUCACCUGGCCAUGGUCUCCCUGUUUAUCAGCACUGGCACGGUUGCCUACCUCAAGCCCCCCUCCAUCUGUUCCCCAUCCUUGUACCUGGUGGUGUCAUUUCUGUACUCGGUGGUGCCUCCAGCAGUGAACCCC